UGUCAGACAUAAAACCCAACAACAUGUCCGACUCAACUCUCUCCCUCUCUCUCUCUCUGAACUAGUACUGACAACCUCAAGCUGAUCCAUCCGCCAUUAUCCGCCAUUAUUCUAAUUACUCUUUCUUUCGAUCAUUCAUUUAGGACUGAUUUCAUUUCCCUGGGGCACACUGCAAAUAAACAAUUCUUUCCACUAAUAUAGUUUCUGUAAAAACUCAAAAACCAUGAGUUUUGUUUUCCGAGGUACUAGGGCAGAUAUAGAAACUGGAUUUCCAGGAUUUAUUCCUGAGCGGCGUGCAGUGCGUGUUCAUGCAGCUCGGCCAGUUAAUACUAAUUCACUUGCUUUCCUCGUAACGGUUCUCUUGUUGUUCAUGAUUCUAAACUCCCACCAAAUGUCCCCCAACUUUCUGCUCUGGCUGGUGGUUGGUGUCUUUUUUAUGGCAACAAGCCUUAGGAUGUAUGCAACUUGUCAGCAACUGCAAGCUCAGGCCCAAGCUCAUGCUGUUGCAGCCAGUGGCCUUCGUGGUCACACUGAAUUACGGUUGCAUAUGCCACCAUCCAUAGCAAUUGCAACAAGAGGUCGGUUGCAAGGUCUUAGACUACAGCUUGCACUUCUUGACAGGGAAUUUGAUGAUUUAGAUUAUGAAACUUUGAGAGCACUGGAUGCUGAUAAUGUUCCCACAGCUCCUUCAAUGACCGAGGAAGAGAUAAAUGCUCUUCCUGUCCAUAAAUACAAGGUUUCCGGCAGUCAAAGUGCUGGCUCACCAAUGCAACAGGCUUCGUCUUCAGUAUCAGCAUCAGCUGAGAAAAAGCAAGAGACUGCCAAUGGGGGCACGAAAGCCUCAGAAGAUGAACUGACCUGCAGCGUUUGCUUGGAGCAAGUUAUUGUGGGAGAACUUAUCCGUAGCUUGCCAUGCUUGCAUCAGUUCCAUGCAAACUGCAUUGAUCCAUGGCUGCAGCAGCAGGGAACGUGCCCCGUUUGUAAAUUUAGGGCUGGGUCAGGAUGGCAUGAGAAUGGACAAACAGAGAUGGAUGCUUCUUACAUGGUUUAAUGACUUGUAAACUGCCAGAUAAUAGAAUCUGUUAACUUAUUUGCACAUCCAGUGUAUACUGACAAAAGCAUGAAUCAGAAUGAGAGGGAGAUAUACUAUGUCCACCGUUACUAUACUUGGCCUUGACUUGGGCAUUAGUGGAAUUGCAGAAAACUUGUCUGUCUAUCGAAUCACCCAAAUAGUGCAUAAGAAUAUGUAGUGGACUUUGCAUCAAGUGAUAUAUGUGAAAGCAUGCUGUUUUUUAGCCAUGUACCAAGCUGAUUUUUGACGUAAU